AGAAAAUUGAAACUCUAAAGAUUGGCUCAAUUACAUUACCAAGAAAUUGUUUGCGUGCGAAUAAGAGUUGGAAAAGGGUUGUAGAAUUGAAUCCGAGAGUGAAUUAUUCAAUUUUACAUCAUCACGAAUUUUCAUCUAUUAAUUGUCAAGAAAUUAAUAAGAAGAAUAACAUCAUCGUUGGCAUUAACAAUCAACAAAGAGAUUUUCAUAGCACAUCCACAUCGUCAUCAUCAUCAACUAAUAACAACAAGAUGGAACAAUCAUCACAUAAUAGUUUACAAGCUGCCAAUAGAUUGGUUUGCUUUGUUGAGGGAAAUAUUGGAAGUGGUAAGAGUACAACUGUCAAGGAGUUACAACUCUUCAAUGAUAAUAGUGUUUCUGAGCAACAGAAAACAGAAGAGUGGACUCUCCUCAGCAAGUACUAUGAAGGUGGUAUGAAGAAUGACCUCACUUUAAAUUAUGAACUUCAAAAACAAAUUGCAAACACUUACUUUAAACAUUAUUUCAAGUAUAGCUUCCUUCCUCAUGGUGGUGUUGGUAUUGGUGACUUGUUUGAUGACAAGACAUUACAAUCCAUGAUGAAAAAACAUGAAAAAUACUUGAGAAUUCACCCAAAUACCAAGUUACCUGAAACCAUCUCACUUCCUUCAACUAGCUCACAACCUACUCAACCAUCUUCUAGUAAUGUAUAUAAUAUCUUCUUUGAAGGCAUCCUUUCCUCUAGUGGCGUAUUUACUGUCAUGGAAUAUAACAAGGGAAUGAUUAGAGAAGAAGAUUAUGUGGACUUGUGUAAAAAUUAUGAUGCCCUUCAAAAAGGAGUAACUGGUCAUAUGGCCUUUUAUUUGAAACCAACCAAUAAUGUUGAUGUUUGUUUGGAGAGAAUCAAGGUCAGAAGAAGAGAAUUCGAGAGUGUAAUUGAAAAACCAUAUUUGAAAACAAUUGAAGAACAUUAUGACUGCUUUAUGGACAAAGUGGCCACUAAGAUUCCAGUAUUUGUCAUUGACAAUUCAACGAUGGAUGCUAAGGAAACUGCUGCACUAAUUUUGGAUGUACUCAGUGCUGUCAGAAAAGAUAUUAAAUACAUGUAAAUAUUCUAACAAUAAUAAACUUAUUUAUUAAAAUUC